CAGCCGUGAGCGCGCUCGCCUGCCCGCCGCCCGCCCGCCGCCGCCGCCGCCGCCGCCGCCAUGCCCAACUUCGCCGGCACCUGGAAGAUGCGCAGCAGCGAGAACUUCGACGAGCUGCUCAAGGCGCUGGGUGUGAACGCCAUGCUGAGGAAGGUGGCUGUGGCUGCUGCGUCCAAGCCGCACGUGGAGAUCCGCCAGGACGGGGAUCAGUUCUACAUCAAGACGUCCACCACGGUGCGCACCACCGAGAUCAACUUCAAGGUCGGAGAAGGCUUUGAGGAGGAGACUGUGGACGGACGCAAGUGUCGGAGUUUAGCCACUUGGGAGAAUGAGAACAAGAUUCAUUGCACACAAACUCUCCUGGAGGGGGAUGGCCCCAAAACGUACUGGACACGUGAGCUGGCCAAUGACGAGCUCAUCCUGACAUUUGGUGCUGAUGAUGUGGUGUGCACGAGAAUUUAUGUCCGGGAGUGAAGGCAGCCAGCUUGCUCCUGCUUUGGGGGUGGGAUGCAUGUUCCCCCAAGGAAUGUUGCAGGUCUGAGCUGCCAGUGGAUCCUCCUCUUCCCCAUAUCAACAUUAGGUGAUCUCGUUUUCCCCAUGACAGUGUUAGAGUGUCUCCCCCAAGGCCUUGUGCCUCCUCGUCCCUGGUUCCAUAGUUUAGCAUCUGCAUUGUUUCAUCAGGUAUUAAACUGGUUGGACACAUCUCAA